AUGACACAUGAGACAGGAUGUGAAGCUGAACAGUUCGAUGAAUGCCUGAGUGUACAAAUCAAAGUGGAGGAAAAAGAAGACGAGACUGAGGAAAGCUCAAGUGAAGAGGAAGAGGAGGAGGAAGAUAAGCUACCUCGAAGAGAGAGCUUGAGACCAAAGAGGAAACGGACCAGAGAUGUUAUCAAUGAGGAUGACCCAGAACCUGAACCAGAGGAUGAAGAAACAAGGAAGGCAAGAGAAAAAGAGAGGAGGAGGAGGCUAAAGAGAGGAGCAGAAGAAGAAGAAGAAAUUGAUGAAGAGGAAUUGGAAAGAUUGAAGGCAGAGUUAGAUGAGAAAAGACAAGUGAUUGCUACUGUCAAAUGCAAACCAUGGAAGAUGGAGAAGAAAAUUGAAGUUCUCAAGGAAGCAAAAAAAUUUGUGAGUGAAAAUGAAGGGGCUCUUGGGAAAGGAAAAGGAAAACGGUGGUUUGCAUUUAAGAUGAUGAUGGCCAAGAAAUGGGCAAAAUUCCUCCGUGAUUUUGAGAACUUCAAAGCUGCAUGUGUCCCAUGGGAAAAUAAAAUCAAGGCUAUUGAAAGUCAGUUUGGCUCCUCAGUGGCCUCAUACUUCCUCUUCCUGAGAUGGAUGUAUGGAGUCAAUAUGGUUCUCUUUAUCCUGACAUUUAGCCUCAUCAUGUUGCCAGAGUACCUCUGGGGUUUGCCAUAUGGCAGUUUACCUAGGAAAACAGUUCCCAGGGCCGAAGAGGCAUCAGCGGCAAACUUUGGUGUGUUGUACGACUUCAAUGGUUUGGCACAAUAUUCCAUUCUCUUUUAUGGCUACUAUGACAAUAAACGAACAAUUGGAUGGAUGAAUUUCAGGUUGCCGCUCUCCUAUUUUCUAGUGGGGAUUAUGUGCAUCGGAUACAGCUUUCUGGUUGUCCUCAAAGCAAUGACCAAAAACAUUGGUGAUGAUGGAGGUGGAGAUGACAACACUUUCAAUUUCAGCUGGAAGGUCUUUACCAGCUGGGACUACCUGAUCGGCAAUCCUGAGACAGCAGACAACAAAUUUAAUUCUAUCACAAUGAACUUUAAGGAAGCUAUCACAGAAGAAAAAGCAGCCCAAGUAGAAGAAAACGUCCACUUGAUCAGAUUCCUGAGGUUUCUGGCUAACUUCUUCGUGUUUCUAACACUUGGAGGGAGUGGAUACCUCAUCUUUUGGGCUGUGAAGCGAUCCCAGGAAUUUGCACAGCAAGAUCCUGACACCCUUGGGUGGUGGGAAAAAAAUGAAAUGAACAUGGUUAUGUCCCUCCUAGGGAUGUUCUGUCCAACAUUGUUUGACUUAUUUGCCGAAUUAGAAGACUACCAUCCUCUCAUCGCUUUGAAAUGGCUACUGGGACGCAUUUUUGCUCUUCUUUUAGGCAAUUUAUACGUAUUUAUUCUUGCAUUAAUGGAUGAGAUUAACAACAAGAUUGAAGAAGAGAAGCUAGUAAAGGCCAAUAUUACCCUUUGGGAAGCCAAUAUGAUCAAGGCCUACAAUGCAUCAUUCUCUGAAAAUAGCACUGGACCACCCUUUUUUGUUCACCCUGCAGAUGUACCUCGAGGACCUUGCUGGGAAACAAUGGUGGGACAGGAGUUUGUGCGGCUGACAGUCUCUGAUGUUCUGACCACCUACGUCACAAUCCUCAUUGGGGACUUUCUAAGGGCAUGUUUUGUGAGGUUUUGCAAUUAUUGCUGGUGCUGGGACUUGGAGUACGGAUAUCCUUCAUACACCGAAUUCGACAUCAGUGGCAACGUCCUCGCUCUGAUCUUCAACCAAGGCAUGAUCUGGAUGGGCUCCUUCUUUGCUCCCAGCCUCCCAGGCAUCAAUAUCCUUCGACUCCAUACAUCCAUGUACUUCCAGUGCUGGGCCGUUAUGUGCUGCAAUGUUCCUGAGGCCAGGGUCUUCAAAGCUUCCAGAUCGAAUAACUUCUACCUGGGCAUGCUACUGCUCAUCCUCUUCCUGUCCACAAUGCCUGUCUUGUACAUGAUCGUGUCCCUCCCACCAUCUUUUGACUGUGGUCCCUUCAGUGGUAAAAAUAGAAUGUUUGAAGUCAUUGGAGAGACCCUGGAGCAUGAUUUCCCAAGCUGGAUGGCGAAGAUCUUGAGACAGCUUUCGAACCCUGGGCUGGUCAUUGCUGUCAUUUUGGUGAUGGGUUUGGCCAUCUAUUAUCUCAAUGCUACUGCCAAGGGCCAGAAGGCAGCGAAUCUAGAUCUAAAAAAGAAGAUGAAAAUGCAAGCUUUGGAGAACAAAAUGCGAAACAAGAAAAUGGCAGCUGCACGAGCAGCUGCAGCUGCUGGUGGCCAGUAA